AUGACGGUCAAUGAAAUGGUGGAUUGGCAUGCUCACCUUCAAACCCCCGUCCUCUUCAACCACCACGAACCAUAUGAAGUGAACUCCAGCACGGUGCAAAAGGUGGACCUCAAUGCUAUCCGCUCGACCCCCAAAGCACUUCAGAAUAAGGAACGCAUUCUUAUUCUCACUCCUCUUCGUGAUGCUUCGCAUUACCUUGGGAAAUACUUUGAUCUCGUUUCGGAAUUGACCUAUCCCCACGAAUUAAUCGACCUUGCCUUCCUUGUCAGCGACUCCAAAGACGAUACAUUGGCAAUUUUGGCUGCUGAAUUAGAUCGAGUCCAGGGUAUGCCGGGCAAGAUUCCCUUCCGAAGUGCCAUGAUCGUUCAGAAGGAUUUCGGUGUCUCCGUGGGUAUGGAUAUUGAAGCGAAGCAUGGAUAUGCAGCCCAGGCCCCGCGACGAAAAGCAAUGGCCAAGGCGAGAAAUUUCCUCCUCACUGCUGCGCUUAAGCCCGAGCAUUCUUGGGUCUAUUGGCGUGAUGUAGAUAUCACGGACAGUCCGAAGAAGAUCAUUGAGGACUUUGUGGCUCAUGAUAAGGAUAUUCUUGUACCCAACAUUUGGUUCCACAGAUAUGACCGAAAUGGGCGAGAUAUUGAAGGAAGAUUUGAUUAUAAUUCCUGGAUUGAGUCCGACAAAGCGCGUAAACUUGCCUCUACGCUUGAUAAAGACACCAUCUUAGUUGAAGGCUAUAAAGAAUUUGAUACUGGAAGAACAUAUCUGGUUUCCAUGGGUGACUGGAGGAAAAACAAAGAUGAGGAGGUUGAGCUAGAUGGCAUUGGUGGCGUCAACAUUAUUGUUAAGGCCGACGUGCACAGAGCUGGCAUCAAUUUCCCCUGCUAUGCUUUCGAAAAUCAGGCGGAGACCGAAGGCUUCGCAAAGAUGGCAAAACGUGCUGGCUACCAGGUCGUCGGGCUACCCAACUACGUUGUCUGGCAUAUUGAUACCGAAGAGAAGCCUGGCAAUAUCGGCAAUCGAAAAGCGUACUAA